AUGUUUUAUUGCAUUCAACAUUGUCGUCUUUGUAAGUUGUUCUUUUUACAGUCCUCUAGUGAUGCUAAGAUUGCCGGUAUUGUUAUGGCCGGUUUUGGAAUAUUCCUUUUGGUUGAAUCAAGAUUGUUUGGAUUCUCCGGUGCGUCUACUUUAAUCCCCGUCUUAAUCACUAUUGUCGGACUAAUUGUGCUAGCCGUCGGAGUUUUGGGGAUCUGUGGGGCUAUAAAAAUGAGUCGUGGUAUACUCAUCGCGUUCGCCGUUGCAAUGGGCAUAAUCAUUUUGGCAGAAAUAGUUGUCGGUAGUCUGCUCUUUGUCUACAAAUCCAAGUUUAAAGAGGGACUCGCCAAGUACUUCGGAGAUGCUAUUCGAAGCAUUGGAAAAUCCAAAAAUACAAGUACAGAGUUUCUCUUGAGGAAAACGCAAGAUGCUUUUAAGUGUUGUGGAGCAAAAGGAUCAGAUGACUGGCCUUAUCCAUGUCGAAGUUGCUGUAAACUACCUAUUCAACGAUGCGCACACUAUAACCGCGAGGGCUGCGUCGAUGUAAUUUAUGCAUGGAUAAGUAAAAAUUUACUUGCUUUCGGCGCUGUGAUUGCCAUUCUCGCUCUACUUGAAAUCGGAGCAAUUGUAGCAGCUAUUUUCCUUAUCAAGCAGUUGUAA